UCCAGUUUUGAUUGUUGGCCCUUCCUUGAUUGCUUGCACCUGUGUCUCGUUGUCUCACCUCCCCUUGGGUAUUUAGUCUGGGUCUCUUGUUUGUUCAGUGUUGGAUCAUUGUUGUUACGCAUGAUGUUAAACCUGCCCGGUGUUAGACCUGCCCUGAGUGAUUCCUGCAUUGAGUUUUGUUCCUGCCCUGUUAGUGUUCCUGACCUUUGUGUGUGUCACUGUUUUGGUGCCCCUUUUGUGGUACCUGGUUCCUGUGCCCAAUUCCCAGGGAGUUUUACUGAGUUCUGUGUGUUGGAUUAUUUGUCUCCCUUGGACCUUGGCUGGAUCCUGGAGUUUCUGUAUUUUGCCUGCUCCCUUGUGAACUGUUUGCCACCUUGGACUCACUCCCCUGCUUCCACCACUGCCAGCCGAUAAUCAACACAUCAGCCAUGAGCCUCCAGGUUUGCAGCUGCUGCGGCUGGUCCAAAGUUACGACCUACCAUGGCCUGAGAACUCACCAGGGGAAGAUGGGAUGCACACCGAGGGGGAUGAGGAUCCCUGAGAGUGAACAAUUCAGUUACCUUCCUAAAGUUACCUUCAUGAGUCCUACAUGGGAAAUCAAAGUAGAAGAGCCUUUGAGGGAUAUCUUCACCUCUUCUAUCAAGUCCGAGGGUGAACGUAAUGUCUGGGGAAAUCCAUGGGACAGAUCUCAUCAAAAAGACAGCAGACCAAAUAACAGCACUCCAGUCAGGAAGGAGCCUUUCCUGAUGCCGGUGUCACAGAUCCUCAGCACCCCAGCGAAACCUGCAGCCUCAGCGAUCAUAAUGAAGGAGACAAACAAAUCACUGUUUGAAACUCCACAUCACUCUCAUCAAACCGCCACCAACUUUAACAAAGUUUGUCGAGCACUUGAUUUCUCCACUGGUGAACAGCAGGUUCUCGACUUGUUUAAAGGCUCUGCUGGAGAGCAGUUUCAUCCUGUGGGGAAACUGGCCUGGGAGCCCCCAACAACCACAGCUCAGGAAACAGCAGUCCAACUAAAGGAGAAAGAGAGGGAGAAAGAGAUGGAUGCUCAAAAACUACUAAAGACACGGCAAGACAGGAUGAGUGCUGAUUUACAGCUGAAAAUUCAGAUGAGAGAACAAAAGAUUGCUGAAGUCAGAUCAUCUGUAAAGGCCUGCAAGGGCAGCUUGGAUACUGAAUGGCUGGAGAUCAACAAUGUGUUCUCAGAGGUGAUGAGAGUUGUAGAGGACGCUCGGCAGAAAGCCCUUCAACCUCUGGAGGAGAGGAGACAGCGCCUAAAGAGAGAAGCACACGAUCUGGUCCAGAAACUGCAAAAGGAAAUUGACAAACUCAAAAAGACCACUGAUGUGUUGGACAAAAACCCUGACUUUCAGGUUCCUCUUCUAACAGGUCUGGAUGAAUCUCGAGAUUGGGAAAAUGUAAGUGUUGACACUUCAUUUUCCUUCGGUACACUAAGAACCACAACAUCAAACAUGAUGGAACAAAUUCACCAGAAACUGGAAAAACUCUCUUCCGUUGAACUCAAGAGGAUUCCCACAUUUGCAGUUGAUGUAAAGCUGGACCCAACCACUGCACAUCGAUGCCUUGUUCUUUCUCCCGAUGGGAAGAAAGUGAGAGAUGGAGGAAAGAACCAGACAGUUCCUGAUGCUCCAGAGAGGUUUGACAUGUUUGGCAGCGUCCUGGGGAUCAACAGGUUGACCUCUGGGAAGUCAUACUGGGAGGUGGAUGUCAGCAACAAGACCGGAUGGGAUCUGGGUGUGGCAAGACGCAAUGCACACCGCAAGGGGAAACUCUCGCUGACCCCAGACAACGGUUACUGGGUCACUGUACAUUAUGAAGAUGAAAAGUACGCAGCCCUGUCAGCACCACCUGUCAGCCUGUCCCUGACAGUGAAACCUCAGAAGGUGGGAGUGUUUGUGGAUUACAAGGAAGGUCUUGUGUCCUUCUACGAUGUGACCGCUCAAUCUCACUUCUACUCGUUUACUGGGUGUUCGUUCACUGAUGAGAUUUUCCCAUAUUUUAGUCCACAUCUUGAACAAAAUGGGAAAAACUCUAAUCCUCUGAUUAUCUCUGCUGUGAAAAAGCAGAAGUAGUUAUAUGAAGUGAAUGUGUUAUGGCGGUACUGAAAGUUAUAAUGCAACACUCAAUAUGAGUUUGGGUGUACACAUUAUACUGUGGCAUGAUGUUUCAUGACACCACCAAAGGGUUUAAAUUGGAUUUUCUGGUCAUCUGAGGUGUUUGGAGAUUGGUUUCCAUUUUUGUUUUAUGCUAUAUGCUAUAUAUUUGCUAUAUAUUUUUCAUAUAAGAGAUUGCUGAUGUAGCUAGGUCAAAAUGUGCGGCAGCCGACAAGGGAAACAUCUUCAUCAAUUUGACAACACAUGCACUGCAAAUACACACACAACACAACCAAAUACACAAACGCGAUUGCAAAUACACACAACACAACAGAAGUGUGUCCAGAGGACACAAAAGUGCUGAACACGGCUUGGACACGCUUGUUGUUGCCACAGUUUGUUUUACACAGUCCAUGUUUGUGACUCGUGAAGUUAUUGAAGCCAGGUCCGUGUAUCAUCCACAUUUUUGUUGCUUCCUGACUUCUGCCCCUGAUCUGCUCUGCACAUGCACUGACAGGUUGCCGCUGCAUGUGCCUCGCAAGACCUUGCAGAGCAAAAAAGUGGAAUUCUAUCAGUAAUUUUAAUGAUUUGAGAAGAUUUAGUGUUUGUGGUAGAUGUUAACCUAGGAAAUGCUUUUAUUGUUUUGUAUUUGCAGUGCAUUUCUGUAUUUGGUUGUGUGCAUUUGCAGAGCAUUUGUGUCUUUGCAGUGUGUUUUCUAAAUGCUGUGCAUGUGUUGUCAAAUUGAUUUAAGAUGUUUCCUUAAUUUUCUUCUUCUUGGCAUCUUCUGCUGUUAGUGAUUGUUGUCAUUCAAAGUAUUCUACAGAUAUCUUUAUCAUGUGUUACAUGUGUGGCACAUGUAUACAGUAUCAUUACAUGCCUAUAAAUAAUUGAUUCUAAAUAUAUGGUUUGCACUUAUAUGAGUAUAUGAUAUCUCCAUGUUUAUCUGUUCAACCAUUUGUCUCUAACAUUUUUCAGGGUUUUGGUAAAAAUAAAAGAAUACAACUUG